AUGGCAAGCCCCCACGACCCCGGGUUCCGCGACUCCUGGUACGCCGGCACCGUCGUCCGCCGCGAGGCGAAGAACACCAAUCGUUACGUAGUCGAGUACGACCAGCUCUACUCGGACGAAUCUGGGGAGAAGCUGCUGCAAGAAACCCUCGAUUGGAUCCAAUUGCGUCCGCCGCCGCCGCUUCCCGAGAAGAAGAAGGUCGAGUUCAAGUUCGAAGACGAAGUGGAGGCCUUCUAUAGCGACGACUGUUGGGAAGGGGCUAUUAUUGCGGAGCACUCCGGCGGGAAAUUCGCGGUGUUCCUCAGUUCUCCUGGGACAAUGCGUUUGCUCUUACUCGAGGGGAUUGCUUUUCCCGGCGGCAGCGGCGGCAUGGCAAGCCCCCACGACCCCGGGUUCCGCGGCUCCUGGUACGCCGGCAUCGUCGUCCGCCGCGAGGCGAAGAACACCAAUCGUUACGUAGUCGAGUACGACCAGCUCUACGCGGACGAAUCUGGGGAGAAGCUGCUGCAAGAAACCCUCGAUUGGAUCCAAUUGCGUCCGCCGCCGCCGCCUCCCGAGAAGAAGAAGGUCCAGUUCAAGUUCGAAGACGAAGUGGAGGCCUUCUACAGCGACGGCUGUUGGGAAGGGGCUAUUAUUGCGGAGCACUCCGGCGGGAAAUUCGCGGUGUUCCUCAGAGGCUUUGAGGAGCAGAUUGUGUUUGAAGAGAAAGAUUUGAGGUUGCCUUUUCAGUGGGUUAAAGGGAAGUGGGAGCCGCGAUUCGAACAGUUCACUCAAGGAAUGCAAGUCGAGGUGCUAACUGACGAAGACGAUUUGAAAGGUGCUUGGUUUGUUGCAACAAUUAUUGAACCUUCGGGUGAAGACAAGUACCUUAUUGAGUACAAAACCCUGAGGAAUGAUGAUGAUACUGAGUUUCUCAGAGAAGACAUUCGUGCUUGCAACAUAAGGCCUUGUCCGCCGGAGAUCAUUGUUGUGGAUGGAUUCAAGGUGUUGGAUGAAGUAGAUGCUUACUACAACGAGGGCUGGUGGGUUGGCGUGAUUGGAAAG